AUGGCCCAAAUCAAGGACAUCUUCUCGCGCCUGUACAAGCUCGUCUUUGACAUCUUCUUCUACUCGGCGGCCCUCUCCGUCAUCCUCGGCCUGCUGCCGGACCACCUCUUCACUGGUUUCAGCCAAUUCAAGCCGGUCGCCUACCAGAAUGACCACCUCUUUCGAGGGCUGGAAGGACAGCCGUGGAAUGACGACCUGGUGAGCAAGGCGAAGCUGCUUGGUGUCGACGAGCUCUACGGGCCAGAGUCGCUGCACGUCAUCGGCGACUACGUCUACACCGGUCUGGCCGACGGUCGCCUGGUGAGGGUGCACAAGGACAGCGAGAAGAUCGAGGAGAUUGUCAACUUUGGCGCUGCUGUCGACGGUUGCGCACCGGGGGUAAUCUCAAAGUUGGUCAAGUGCGGUCGUGUUCUCGGCCUUCGCCACCACACUGACGGUUUCCUGUACCUGGUGGAGUCGGGCAGCGGCGUCUACCGCGUGAACCUCACCACCAAGUCAAAGGAGCACCUCAAAUGGAAGGGCCAAACCGAGGGCUCCGCCAUCUACAACGAUCUCGUUUUUGACCCUACCGAUGACGGCCUGCUGUACGUGAGCGUCUCCACGGCCAAGUGGAACCUCGACCAGAUCGCGUGGAGCAUCGUCGAGCACGACACCACCGGGUACGUGCUGGCGGUCGAUCUGAAGGCGGGCAAGGCGAGCAAGGUCACCGACGGACAGGCUCUGCUGAAUGGCCUAGAGAUUAGCGCCGAUAAGAAGCACCUGCUCUUUUCCGUGACCAAUGAUUAUGCCAUCAAGAAGAUCCCGCUAAAGGACGUGAGGGAGGCAAUCAAGAGCGGAACAGUGGUGCCUGAAAGCAAAGUGACCCUCUUUGGAAAGCUGCUGCCGGGUGAGCCUGACAACAUUCGCCUGGACGAGAGCACCGGUGACAUUCUGGUGGGCAUGUUCACCACCCGACCAGACAGCAAGCUCUUCCGUGACUACCUCACCAAUUGGCCAUUCACGCGAAAGGCGCUCGCCCGGACGGCGUACACGCUCUCUGUGGCGCUGAAGUACAUUCACGAGAACCUCUACCCGAACCACGGCCUGGAGACGCUCAGCUGGGACCUCUACAGUGGCCACAUCGUCUACAAGCUGCUGCCGAAGCGGGACGGCGCUGUGAUCAAGCUGGACGGCGUCACCGGCGAGGUGAAACGCAUCCUCGGCUCCUCAAAGUUCAACUCCAUCUCCGAGGCGAUUGUCGACCCCGCCACCGGUGACCUCUACUACGGCUCAUUCCGGAACACCUUCAUUGGGCGCAUCAAGAAGGGCGACCACUAA